AUGGAUUUCGAGUUUGCUGAAUUGCUGAAUUCUGGUAUUGGUGAUCAUGAUUUUGAGUGGUUAUUCCAGUUUUUAAAGGGUAUGAUAAAGCCACUGGCUGCUACAGCAGUGGUGCUCAUGGCCGUGAUUCUUUCCUAUAUGCAAAAGCUUGGUUUGGAGGGAGAGAUGGUGUAUGCGAUCGUUAGAGCCUUUCUUCAGCUCUCUGUUAUUGGCUUUGUUUUGCAGUUCAUUUUCAGUCAGGACCAUGCCGUAUGGAUCAUCCUUGCUUACCUUUUCAUGGUCUCUGUUGCUGGAUAUACAGCCGGACAACGUGCCAAACGUGUUCCCAGAGGAAAAUUGGUGGCUGGUGCUUCUAUCUUAGCUGGAACGGCAGUGACAAUGUUCCUGCUCGUUAUAUUGAACGUUUUUCCCUUCACUCCACGUUACAUCAUUCCCGUUGCAGGGAUGAUGGUUGGAAAUGCAAUGACAGUUACCGGAGUUACAAUGAAAAGACUCCGCGACGAUAUCAAAGUCCAAAUGAACCUGGUAGAGACAGCAUUGGCUCUUGGGGCAACACCGCGUCAAGCCACACUUCAACAAGUGAAAAGGGCUCUAGUUAUUGCGCUUUCUCCUGUACUGGACAAUGCCAAAACUGUGGGUCUCAUUUCACUUCCUGGAGCAAUGACUGGGCUUAUCAUGGGAGGAGCUUCUCCGCUAGAAGCCAUUCAAUUGCAAAUUGUGGUGAUGAACAUGCUCAUAGGUGCAACAACUGUUAGUAGCAUUAUGUCGACAUAUCUUUGUUGGCCUGCUUUCUUCACCAAAGCUUAUCAAUUAGAAACCAAGGUAUUCUCUACUGAUUGA